AUGGCUUCUCAAGCCUCACGUCGGUUCCAUGAAGCCGGUGUAGGCUCACGGACCGGAUUACGGCUUUCUGCAGUCGCAAGAGACCAGGAUGGAUUCGAAGAUCUGGAAGCCUUCUACAAGGCUAGUCAAGCCGCACUUGAUCACCAGAAACAGCAGCAUCCGGAUGAGCUGGAAGAUGACGAUGAAGACUACGACUCCUUUGACGAGGCGACCUUCAAUCGACGUCGUCAGGCGGCGUCGAGUAGUAGCAUGAUGGACAUUCAGAACAGCUCGGCGCCUUCGCCAAGAUCGUUGCUGCGCUCAUCGCGUGGCUCGGCAGCUGUAGCAUCCGUCAGCUCCCCAGAACGCGCAGGCCAAGCGCAUGGAAACAUCACUCUAGCAGAUGACGACGACCAACUUGAUCUGCCAGAACUGUCGACGGGCUCGAGAAGCUUCAAUCUCGUAACCAUGGCUAGUAACGACGCUAACGACGAUGAAGAGCCCGAGCAGCGAUUGCGGGCACCUUCAACUCCACAGCGUGGCCUGUCGGAACGGAAAGCAGGAACACUUCCCAACGCCAAAAGAAAGGGUAAAGAGCCCGUGACAGCACGCCGCAACAUCCAGCUCUCAGAUUCGGACGACGACGAUAUCCUCGCUUCCAUACAACAACGGCUAGAAUCUGCGUACGACGAUGAACAAGACCAGUGGCCAAUGAGCGAAGACGAAAUCGUUCCUGUAAAGCCCUCUCCGGCUAAGAUGACUACAGCAGCUGCUUCCUCCCACACAAAACCGCGAAAGCGAUCGAGGAUGACAAAGGGAACGGCUGAUGAGAGACCCGCCGUAUCUGCACCAUCAGGUGCAUCUUCAAAGCGACCCAAGAAAGCAAAGGAACCAACAAACGAGAGCUCUGUAGUAACCGCUCCACCAGCUGCAUCCUCAAAGAACAAACCAGAACGGCCCCCAAAGAGUCGUGCUGUGGAGAAAGAACCCGAACCCGAACCUGAACUCGCAUUCGGGCUCGACGAAGAUGAACCGGAGCCAGCUCACUUUGCGGCACGAUCUUCGUCAAUAUCAACCCCGCCGCCUGCAGCUAAGCAGCUUCCAAAACGGAAACGAGGCGAGCCGGCGAAGAAAUCAUCUGCCGAGCAACCGGCUGCCGCUUCUCGUGUCCCUCAGAAAGCAAGCACGACGAGCACUGGUGUUGGGCGGCCGGCGGCAAGCAGCGAAAAGCACAAAGCGACCAAACCCAAAAAAGUGGCAGACGAAGUUGUGGAACGAGUGCGCUUGCAACCUCGCGAGGCGACCGUGAUUAAUGAGAACGGCGUGCGCAGAAGCACUCGACAGCGAUUCGCACCACUCGAAUACUGGCGUGGCGAACGCAUCCGAUAUGGCCGACCCAGUCUACCGUCGGGUACCACUCCUGACGAUCUUUGCGGCUCGCAAGGUCGAGGAGAGGACGAAUUCGAGGAGGACCCCAGCAUGAUGCUCGUGCGCAGACGGGUACCCGUACUCGACAUCAAGGAGGUCAUUCGCGUCCCGCGCGCUCCUGGCGAAGGCACGUUCUCUGGCACAACGAUGCGUGCUCGCACCACUACACGUCGCAAAGUCGAGCGCAAGAGCGAAGAACGCGCCCCACGCCUGACUCCACAAACCCGCGUCCCUGAAGAUGAAGACGAGUAUGCCCGCCUCGACCCUACGGCCGACACCAUCUACGUGGAAGAUGGAUGGGACGAAGAAACGGUCGAGACAGGUAUGGUGAUCAAGGAUGAAGCAAGCGCUGAAGUCGAGGUGAGCGUCGUACGCACCAAAGCGACCCAUCGACCGAUUCCUGUUGCCAACCAAAGAUUCCGCUUCGAAAAGUUUUUCAACUCCGGUGGAGUUAUGGCGACGGGUAUCCUGCAUCUACCCCCGGGGGCGAGCAAGCCGACCAAAUCGGCCAAAGACAACAGCUUUGUGUUCUGCGUCUUGCAAGGCGCACUGCGAGCUUCGGUGCACAGGAAGAGCUUCAUCAUCGGGCCAAAGGGUGUCUUUCAGGUGCCCGCCGGAAACACGUACUCGCUUGAAAACAUUUGUCAGCGCGAGGUGCAUCUGUUCUUCGCUCAGUGCAUCAAAACCAAGAUAGCCAAUGCGGGUGAUCUGACGAUGUUCACGCAGAUGUCAGAUACGAGCUAUGGUACGCCUGGAUUCAAAGCGGGGUUGUACAGCCAUGACCAGCGGGGAGGUCGAGAUGAUCAGCGAUUGGAGGAUGAGAUGAGAAAGACGACAGAGAGCGCGGCGGGUGAAUCUAUGCAGCUCCAGCAACAGCGUGGCAACGGAAAGGUGCUUGACCAUCGGCCCGUGUUGACAGCACGCAGCGAUGCCGACGAUAGCGACGAGGACGAUUUCGAGCUCAGUCGUCGGGUCAAGUCGGCCAAGCGCGUUUUUCGCAAACUGUAG